AUGGCUUCUCUUUCUCAUUUCCUCUAUCAAAAUUUGUUUUUGCCGCUGGCUACUGUAUUUGCCUUUGUUUCCCUCUAUUUGUCUCCUCUGUUCAACUCCAUCACCACAUUUGUCCACAGAUUAAGGUGGUGUAAGGCUCCAUUAAAUAAGAAUUCAGGUUUUAAAGAUGACUAUAAGAGAGUAUAUGAUUUUCCAGAAACAGAGCAGCAGUUGGGUUAUGAAUCUGAUGUUUUUAAGGAUGUUUCCGAAUUCCCAAAUUCAGAGACGAAGGAAACAGAGUUUAAUUUUACAUUUAAAUUCCCAACCUAUGAAGAAUUUUGUAAAAGCAAGGAAGACAAAGUUGAAUUUGUUAGCUCUACAUUUAACAUCAAAUCGCUAACAAAAGCAGAGGUUGUUGAAACAGAGGAUUUGAAAGAAGUUCAUAGUAAUAUCGAGGUGAUAAAUGAGGAAGACAAAAAAGGGGAUUUGAGUAAUUUAGAGUGUGAUGAACAUGAAAUAAAUGAGGAAGAAAAAGUGGAUUUGUGUAAUUUAGAGUAUGAUAAAGACGAAACGGAGAAAACAGAGGAAAUGAAUUCCAUGGAAGGAGAAUCAGAUACUCGAAAAGAGCAAUUUCUGAAGGAACUAGAUUUUACUGAUGAUUCUCUGUUUCAAUCUGAAAAGGAUUCUAUAUCUACUGAUUCUGAUACUGUAUCAAUUGGUUUUGAUCAUAUCUGUUAUCUGAUGAACAAAUUAGUCGAUUCGUAUAGUGAUGGAUUCUUGACAGAUGAAGACUUUGGAGGCGAAUUUGAACUUGAUAGUGUAAACGAUCUUGAAAUAUCAGAGGAAAAUCAAGUAUCUGAUGCUGAUGAUAGUGAUAGUGAUAUAAUGGAAGAGCUAAGGGAAUUAGAACAAGAUCAAGCACCGCAAUUUUUAUCCGAGGAUGAUUUUCAUGAAAAUUCUUACAAGCUAUUUGGUGAUUCCGAGGACUCUGAAAAUGUCGAGUCAAGAAAUGGCGAUGUAAAUAAUUUGGAAACGUUAUGGGAACAUCAAGAAUUGAUGGAACAAUUAAAGUUGGAACUUAGAAAAGUUAUAGACACGGGACUUCCCACUAUUUUGGAAGAAUCAGAUACGCUAAAAUGGGAAGAUUUGGAGCCAUGGAAGAUUGAUGAGAAGUUGCAACGCGAAGAUUGUAUGAGUGAACUUCAUAAGUUCUACAAGAGUUAUAGAGAAAGAAUGCGCAAAUUCGACAUAUUGACGUACCAGAAAAUGUAUGCAAUAGGUUAUCUACAGAAAGAUCCACUAAAAGAUCCAUUUCAAUGUGUGUCAAGGCAAAGACGUUCAGGUCCAAAACUAAAAUCUCUUAUUUCACAAAAUAUUAAGCUAUUCAAACACAAAAGGCAUAAUGACAAUAUUGACCCUAUGAUAAAGUUUAUCAAAGAAUUGCAGAGUGAUCUUGAAGUGAUAUAUGUUGGACAAAUGUGUCUUUCUUGGGAAUUUCUACAUUGGCAAUAUGGAAAAGCUUUAAGUUUAUGGGAUUCUGACCCUCGUGGUGCUCAUACGUACAAUGAAGUUGCUGGAGAAUUUCAACAAUUUCAAGUUCUUAUACAAAGAUUUAUAGAAAAUGAACAUUUUCAAGGGCCUAGAGUUCAAUAUUACAUCAAGAGUCGAUAUGAUCUUCGUAAUCUUCUUCAAGUUCCUCUCAUAAGAGAGGACAAAGACAAAAACAAGGGUAGAAGUAGAGAGAAAGAUGAAUAUUGCAUUACAAGUGACAUGUUGGUGGAGAUAGUGGAAGAAUCAAUAAGAAUAUUUUGGCAAUUUGUUAUAGCUGAUAGAUAUUGCUCAAGCAUGAUGGUGAAGGGUAAAAAGGGAACACAACAUCAAGAGCUUAUUAAAGACUUGGGAGAUUUAGAGCUUUUAAUGGAGGUCCAAAAAAGUCUUGGAAAGAAAGAGAAGAAACUCAAAGAUGGUUUGAAAGGUGAGUGUUGCAUAUUGAAGAGGUUCAAGAAGAACAAAGCAAAUGAUUCAGAUCAAGUGUUGUACUUUUUCUCUCAAGUGGACAUGAAAUUAGUUACUAGGGUUCUUAAUAUGUCCAGGCUAACAACAGAUCAACUAGUGUGGUGUCACAAUAAAUUAAGCAGCAUUAGUUUUCUGCAUAGGAAAAUACAUGUAGAUCCUUCUAUUUUGCUCUUCCCUUGUUAAUAGUAGUCCUUAUUUU